UAUGUGUAAUCGGAAAUAGAUCAGAACGAUUCUGACUGUCACGAAGUGCACAGCUGUAACCGUUAUCUUACAUGGUGUCGGGAGGAAAGAACCGACAACAGCAUGGCAGAAGGACUGAAACCGCCUCAAGCAUUCACAACCACACUGGAAGCAGCCAAAGAAUGGCCACAGUGGCGGGACCAUUUUACAUUCUACAUGACAGCAACAAAGAAGGACAAAGAAGACGAGAAAACGAAAGUCGCAAUACUACUCACGGCGAUGGGAGGGGAAGCCAUCUCCGUCUACCGAACAUUCACUUGGGCCGCAGACGGCGACGAGGACAAACUGGACUGCGUCAUUAGAGCGUUCAACAACUACUUCAAGCCUAAAAGUAAUGAAAUCUACGAAAGAUUCCUGUUCCUGCAGAGGAAACAACAACCGAAUGAGCCCUUCGACAGCUUCUACACAGAUUUGCUGCGCCUGGUGGAAACCUGCGGAUAUCACCAAGAGGAGAAAACGAAGAUCAUCCGGGACCAGAUUGUAAUCAAUAUCACCGCAGACAACGUCCGCGAGAAACUGUUGGCAGAAUCUGACCUAACCCUAACCAAAGCUGUAGACAUGUGCAGGUCAAUGGAAGCGACAACCCGUUACAUUGCCAGUAUGACAUCAACCGCCACAGCCUUGAAAGAAUGCGUCACCGACGCGGCGGCGGUACACAUGGUGAAAGCCAUGAAGCAGCGCCCUUGCCACUACUGCGCGACAAACCACAAACCAAAAAACUGCCCAGCAUGGGGAAAACAAUGCAAAUAUUGCGGCAUUAUGAAUCACACGGCGGAAGCAUGCAAAAAGGCAGAAAAGGACAGACUAGCCCGACGACAAACAACAAAGGAGACGGCCAAUGCGAUAUCGCCACAACGAGCCACACCAGACACACCAGAGAACGAGGAGAGAGACCAUUUCGCUUACUGCACCGGUACCACGACACAAACCAGUAAUACAAAGGCUAAAGUCUGGAACAUAAUACUGGACAUAGGAGGGAGAGGUUUGAAAGCCAAAAUCGACACAGGUGCAACGUGCAACAUACUGCCAUUCACUGCUUACCGCGUCCUCUGUGCUAGCCCUCCCACGCCAACAGAAGUUCAGCUAACAGCAUACGGAGGAACAAAAUUAGAUGUCUGUGGGAAAACAACCAUGGAGGCAACAUUUCAAGGAGCCACCCACAGGAUGGAAUUCAUCAUAGUACGAGAGAACGUGGAGACGCUCAUAGGAUUGCCUUCCAUCACUGACUUGGGACUAAUACAACAGACCCUAGCAGUGGAUGCAACAGGGGACACACCCACAGCUAUAUCAGAGUUCAAAGAUGUCUUUAAAGGACUGGGACGACUACCAGGAGAGUACAGCAUCAAACUAAAGACAAAUGCACAACCAGUCAUCCAACCAGCUAGAAGAGUUCCAUUUAGGUACAGGCUGGAACUGAAGUCACAACUGGAUGAAAUGGAGAAACAAGGCAUCAUAGCCAAAGUAACAGAGGCUACUAAUUGGGUCAGUCCCAUAGUCCUUGUAACAAAGCCAGGUAAAGACAAACUAAGGAUAUGCAUUGAUCCAGGAGCGUUGAACAAGGCUAUACAAAGGGAGCACUACCAAUUGAAAACACCCGAAGAGAUAUUCGGCACGUUGGCAGGCUCACAAUAUUUCUCAACCCUAGAUGCUACAUCUGGUUUUCUACAGAUUGCCCUAGACAAGGAAAGUAGCUACUUGACAACAGUGGCAACUCCCUUUGGGCGCUACCGGUAUUGCCGACUACCUUUCGGAAUCAGCUCUGCCCCAGAAGUGUUUCACAGAAUAGUGACAGAAUCCUUUGCAGACAUACCUGGGGUACACACCUAUGUGGAUGACAUCCUUGUAUCAGGCUGUAGCGUAGAGGAGCACGACAAACGCCUUCAGAUGGUCCUCGAAAGGUGUAGGGAGCUGAACCUUAGACUCAACCGACCCAAAUGCCAGUUCAGAAAGACUGAAUUAAAGUAUCUGGGACAUGUGCUUACAUCAGAAGGGAUAAAACCUGACCCAGAAAAAGUCGAGGCCAUUGAGCAAUUCCCAAAGCCACAGUCCAAGACAGAUGUUUCAAGACUCCUGGGCCUGGUUACAUAUUUGUCGAAAUUUUGUCCUACUUUGGCUGAGACAGCCAGCCCACUGCGACAGCUAACACAGCAGGAGACUGCAUGGGUGUGGGACUCCGUUCACGACCGCACCCUACAGCAUGUGAAAGAUCUAGUGACAAAGGCCCCAGUACUACGACUUUUUGAUCCAGCAUUACCAGUGAGAUUAACUGUGGACGCAUCACAACAUGGCUUGGGAGCAGCUGUUAUUCAAGAGGGGCACCCAGUAGAAUACGCGUCAAGAACAAUGUCCAGCAUACAACAGAAAUAUGCACAAAUAGAGAAGGAAAUGCUUGCCAUCCAGUUUGGACUAACAAGAUUCCAUCAGUAUGUGUAUGGACAAGAUGUCAUAGUGGAGACUGACCACAAGCCACUACUUGGAAUACUGAAAAAGCCCCUUGCUGAAGUCAGUCCUAGGCUUCAGAGAAUGCGCCUACGAUGUCUCAAAUACAACUACACGCUAGAGCACCAUUCCGGGAAAGAAAUGGUCCUGGCCGAUUCUCUGAGCAGAAUGCCAUCUACAACACCCUAUACAGACUAUGAUGAACUAACAGAAGAGCAAAUCGACUCCGUCACAGAGCAAAUCAUUCCCACACCACUUGGACGUGAAAGAUGUACGGAAGCGACCAGACAAGACCCUACAAUGCAGGCACUCAUCACUUACAUACACACAGGAUGGCCACCUACAAGGAGGAGUGUCCCGGGUCCAAUCAAACCGUACUGGAAUGUGAGACACGACCUAACAGAGAAAGACGGCAUUGUCCUCAAAGGAAGCCAAGCUGUCGUCCCUGUGACAAUGCGCAAAACGGUGAUGAACAGUAUACAUGAGGGACACUAUGGAAUAGUGAAGUGUAUAGAAAGGGCCAAGACGUCAGUGUACUGGCCUGGCUACACCAAUGAAAUACAUGACAUGGUAGCGAGUUGCAGCAAAUGCCAAGAAAAUCGAAGCCAGAACCCAAAGCCAGACACUAAACCUCAUGAUGUUCCACACUACCCCUACCAGAAAGUGGGAACAGACUUGUUUGAACUACAAGGGGAACAUUACCUACUUACCAUCGAUUACUACAGCAAAUGGGUGACCAUAGAUCACCUCCAGUCAACGAAAGCAGCUGAUGUGAUAACUAUCCUAGACAAGCAUUUUGCCAAUUUUGGAAUACCAGAAACAAUAUUCUCGGACAACGGGCCACAAUACGCCAACGAAGAAUUUCGCAAGUUCUCCAGGAAGCUGGGAUUUCAACACACCACAUCCAGUCCAGGCUACCCAGCCAGCAAUGGCCAAGCGGAAAGAGGUGUCCAAACAGUCAAGAAAAUGAUGGCCAAGAUGUUGGAGGAGGGCCGUACAAUCAAUGACGCUCUAAGAGUCCUUAGGAACACACCAAUAGGAGGAGACCUGCCUACUCCUGCCAUCCUGCUACAGGGGAGACACCUCCGAACCCAACUAACAAUAAAUACUGAGACUCUGGUUCCACAUAACAUGGAUGCAGACAAGACCAGACAAAAACUAAUCGCCCACCAAUCCCAAUAUGCGUUCUAUGGAGCCACAGGAAACACAACGAACUCACCUCUGCUUCCUGAUGAAAGCGUAAGGACAAUGAGAGGAAAAAAAUGGGUACCAGCAAAAGUCAUUGGACACCACACAGAGCCCCAAUCCUACAUCCUCAGACUAGCAAAUGGACGGACAGUGAGAAGAACUAGAACACACAUAAACAGGACAACAGAAGUGUGGGAUGACAACACAAUGUUCGCUAAGUACACUCCGACGGGACAACAAACAAACACCAGCCUGUCAGAAGGACAACCACCAAAUCAACCUGAAGAGACAAACGUACUGCCAGACACGGAGAUCAGAUCUCCGAAUACAGAAAGCCCUCCAAAAUCUGCCAAGUCCCCAACUGCACCUGCAAGUCAACCUGCAGUCAAAACAACAAGGCUGGGGAGGAUCUCAAGACCACCACGACGCCUACUGGAGGACUACACUACGUAAUUAGCAACCAUUGCUUGACACUGCACUUUUGAGUUGAAGUCACCCAGAGACAGAUAGAUGACAUGUAAUGUAAUUAGAUUCACUAUCCCGUAUGUGUAAUCGGAAAUAGAUCAGAACGAUUCUGACUGUCACGAA